UAUUUCUUUAAUGAAUGAAACUAAUAAUUAUCAACCGUAGCUCUUAUAUAAAGAGAGAUUCAAGAACUUGGUAACAUCAACAAACAUUGAGCUUUACAAUUAUUAGAAGAAGAAACAACAAACUAAAGAGAAAAUAUGGAAAACAAGUACCAUGUUCGUUCCAAUAGUUUUCCUUCCCAAUCUCAUCCAAGCUCCACUAGAAUACAACAAGAGAUAAACAACAUCAAGACUUGGGAAGCCACAUCCACAUCCACAUCUGAUUCUGUUACCACUGGUCUUUACAUGCUUCAAGAUUUAUAUAUUUCAUUGGAAGAUCUUCUCAAUAUGUCAUCAACACAAAAUAUUAUUUCUCACCGUCAAGGUGAGAAAUGCGUGGAAGAGUUGUUAGAUGGUUCGGUGAAAAUUUUGGAUGUAUGUGGCAUCGCAAGGGACACCGUGUUACAGAUUAAGGAAAAUGUUCAAUCACUUCACUCUUCUCUUAGAAGAAGAAAGGGAGAUUCAAGCAUUGAAACAGGUGUAGCAGAAUAUAAAUUCUUCACAAAAAAGAUGAAAAAGAAUGUCACAAAGUUGAUCACAUCUUUAAAACAUAUGGAAUGUAAAUUUGGAGCUUCCUCGCUUUUGAAUCAAGAUCAAGACUUUGCUUUUGUUGUAAGAGUUCUUAGAGAAGUCAUAGUAAUUAACAUCUCCAUAUUUCAAUCCAUUUUGUCUUUCUUAGUUGGAUCUGCAUCAAAGUCAAAGGCAAACAAAUGGUUUAAAGUGGCAAAGUUGAUGCAUAAAAAGGAAGUAUCAUGUGAAGAGAAUUUGGAAAAUUUCAAUGAAUUGCAGUGUGUAGAAGCAUCUUUGAGAACCCUUUUAAGAGAAGGUUCAGAUGUUGCCAAGAUGCAGACUACACAUGAAAGAUUGGAGGAUUUGGAGAAUGCUGUUGAAAGGAUAGAAAAUGGUUUGGAGAGUGUGUUUAGGCGUUUGGUUAAAGCUAGAGUUUCUCUUUUAAACAUCAUGACUCAAUAGUUUGUUGGGUCUUUAUUUUCUUUCCAAAGCAUCCAAAUUUUAGGGAUCUGCUGAGGAAUUUUGUCUAAUCAAUUUGUAAAUUUUGUAUAGACACAUUUCAAUAGUAAUACAUUACAAUCAAAUACAAUGAAAAUUUUAUACUA